UCGAUCGUGCUUAGCACUUGAUUCAAACAAAUGUCAGUCACGACAACAGACACACAGAACGAACACACACACACAUACACGCACACGUGCGCCGCUGACGUCAGCGAGCAGCAGAUGCAGCGACCUCUGGUGCCUGCCCAGCAGCAAUACACAUCGGCCUUAGCCCCUCUUUGCCUACCCCUUAACACAUCCCUAGCUUGAGCCCACCGCGAAUGUCGGUAUCCCUCUCCUCACUACCCCAAGGUGGCUGUAUGUAUGUGAUUCUGACUGAGACGCGGACUCGCCUUUGGAAGUGCCAGCGUCAAAAGCGGAGAAAGAGUUCACUCGUGCGGGUCUUCGCUCUCAGUCAUGGCUGAGUGCUGCCUGCUCUCUUCACGGCGCCUCCUGUUCGCCAGGGGACUGCGCUGCAGUUGAGACGAAGACCUGCUUGAAACUACCACACACGUGCACCACAAAGAGAGAGGUAUAGAGAGAAAGGGCUCUGAUAUGGUGUCACCUCUUUGCGUAGCGGCAUGUGUGGACGAAGCAGCCUCAGCAGCAGCAGCGAUGGAUGUGUCGCCAGGCCCUGAAAGCGGACGGGCUGAUGCACUCAAGCAGCCAACCAAUGGAGACAUACAUUUGCUCACCGUGCGGGCCGCCAGGUCCGGCGGGAUCGAUGAUCGGUUGACAUCGGGACAUACCCAAGCCAGCGGCUGCUUGCGUGUCGGCGUCCCAUCGACGUGAUGCACCCGUGCUGUAUACAUCGAUACCACAAGAAUGAGACAUGUGUCUGCAGCAAACAACCUUAUUCGCUCCCUUACGACUCGGCAGCAUCGGGAUGGAUGUCUUUCGUACUCAUCUGAACAGAUAUAUAGAAAGUACUAAAGAUGUUGCCCGUGACGAAUCAAUUCAUCUGUGCCAUUCGCUUCUCUGAAGUUUCUUACUUCGUCGAGCCUCAAUCGUGGUACAGAUGGCUGGGCGCCUUGGGAACUUGCUGCCGUCCCAGAUGAUGUCUCACCAAUGACAGGCCGAUACUGAUGUGCCGGCGAUGAUCCCUGGGAACUGACAGCGGCGCCCGUCUCACCAGGACAUUGACGUGGCUUGAAGGGCUCCUGCGAGAGCCCGCCAGUGCCUGGCAAAGAAGUGGAACAGAGAGAGAGCUUUCACUUUCUUCUCUGCCUCUCUGCUCUCUCUUUCUGUAUCCGCAUACUUGGCACCGCCUUCUUUGACUGUAGAAUGGUGCUGUGGUCCUGCUGUCGCGCCUUUCUCGCUUCUUCGAUAGCCUGGCUCGUCUGAAAGAAGUGACAUUGCUCUAAGCAUGACAAUAAAGGCACAAAGACAUCUGCACACCGAAGAGUCUCGGUCGCCCUCUGCUGCAGAAUCUGAGACAUGAGCGAUUGCAGAAUCUCUUUCAGUCGUGGUUUCCACACUUGCUAUGGGCGUACCCAAUGUCUUGUGGUCCUCACUCUUGCAUCCCAUACCAGUGGAGCGCCUUGGUGACCGGGGAGACCUGCCCAUGGUUGACAGGCCUCUCGUCAAGUUCUUGAGGGCCUUGUCCCUCUCUAGCAGUAAGGCAAUCUGCUUGUGGAACACUUCGAGCAUCCUCUGCUGCUGUCGAUUCGCCCUCUGUGCAGGAGACAUACGAAUGAACAACGAUAUGGGUACGGCCUCUAUGGACCUCGAGAGAUUUCGUAUAGAGGCUUUCGUUGCCCUCUCGACUGCAACACGAGAUCAGCGUGCACCCAGCCUACAGCAACCAAGGGGAGGGCACACGCGUUUCCACUCGUUUCGACAAGCUUACUCGUUUCGACCCCUGCUGAAUGUCGGCAUCCAUGAGGCUCAGACAAAUUUUCGCCGCAUAAAUGUCGUUGGCCGCCGCAAGUGAGCGCUCGAAAGAUGUGGAUCCCUGCAUGGCAGGAAAGAAAAAUGUCUGAGUGCAGGGUGCGGUUCGAAUGAGGGCUACAUCUUCGCUUUUCUCCGGCAAGCCGAGCCUGUAUGAAGCGAAAGAAGGUGAAACGAGGGAUAUCUCAUGUGAAGGCACGAUCUUCAUGCGGGAACACUUACCACAAGUUGAUUAGCCCCGCAUGAAAAGAGUCGGAGAGCUCCCGCAUGGGGAUACGCACCUCUACGGGAAACACACAGAAUCGAUGGACGUAUGCCUGAAGGAGCAUGGUCGUCUUUCACCCGAAAAGAGCGUGCACUCAUCGAACGCCGCAGCCGCCUCUUCAGACGGGGCAGUCCACACAGACACUGUGGCACAAGACAGAGCACUCGUGGUGCUGCGUUGUGUUUGCUGUGUCGGUACCAGUGAGGAUGCUGUUUUCCUUCAGAUGAAAUAGCACCGAACGGGUUGGGAAGGCGCGGAUCUGAAUGCAACAGUGAUGCUUGCCUGUGAACCCUCUGCGUCUUGUUCUCCCACCUUGACCGUCUUCUCGCCGUCGUCGACGACCACGAACGCCCUCUCGCCGGUCGUCACCAGCAGUGGCUGGCUGACCUGCACCACGACAGGCCUCGGGGAAGACGUGCCCUGGCCCAUAACUUGCCGCGGGAGGG